AUGACCAAAGAAGAAAUCUCGAAGGCACAUGUAAAUUUGCUCGAAGAUAGGAUAAACCAACUAGAAACAGCACUGCGAGAAAAGGAGGAGGAGCCGCGGUCUGCAGACCAGCAGCAGAACAACGGCCAAGCGAUCAGCAACACCAGAGAGAAUGUUUCUCAGAACGCACAGUCGGAGUCCACUACCUUCGCCUUGCCUAAUCUCCCAGGUUCUGAACCAACAUUUCCCAGACACCGGAUCGAGUCAGCUGGAGACCCGUAUAGCCUGCAAGACAGCACAGCUGGCCCAGGAAGCUCCAGCUGCAGGAAGUCGCCCAUGGUUCACAAACUCCUGUCCACCCGAGGUCAAGUUAGCUUUGAUCAUCUUGCGGGGCGGCUACGUUACUUUGGCCCUACAACAAAUUGCCACAUUUAUUCCGAUAUUGCUGGAGAAUCGGAAGAGAGCCGCCGGCAAGCCAAAGAACAGGAGCGACGGACGCAGCGUGUGUUAUCAUCCUUAUCGCAUGCGACGCGUGACUAUUUGAUGGAUCUCUUUUGGCAGGAUUACAAUUCCGUUAUCCAUGUGAUCCACCGCGUAGCGUUUGAAAAGGGAAGAGAUGCCGGCGGGGGACCAUUUUAUUCAGGGUUCCUGCACAUAUGUAUCCUGGCUGCCGGAUGCCGCUUUGCGGAUAAGCAGCGGCCGGAUAUGCGAGGCAUCAUGCUACCUGGAAGAGAGAGCACCCUCCACAGAGAAGCCAAGUAUAUGCUUGAUUACGAAAUCGAGCGGCCGGGCGGGAUUCCAUCCAUCGGAGCUUUGCUUCUUCUGGGGAGACCUAGAAAUCGAUCGGGCCCAGGAGUGUCGCAGGAAGACAUUGAGAUCGACCGCAUGACUCUUUGGGCUUGUGUUGUCUUCGACCGAUAUUGGUCCCUAUUUCUCGGCCGACCAACGGCUUUGAAACCAGAUGACUUGGAAGUCUACGAGCUCUCGCGGCAGUUCGACCGAUUAGGCACCUCCCAGCCAGUGGGCCCGGAGAAGAGUCUUGAGACAAAAAUAUACCAGAAAUUGUUCGAAAUCAUGGAGCUGGCCGGGAAAAUCACUAAUACUGUGGAAAACGUGUCGAGUCGGAGUGCCAACCUCGAUCGACUUGCAUACCUUCGAAUGGCGGCUCUCGAUAGCGAGCUUGGGGAAUGGUACGCGCGACUGCCGGUGGAGCUGCAGUAUACUGCGGAGAAUGUCAAGACGGCCCCCUUCUCAUUCUUCUUGCUUCAUCAACAGUAUUACUCCACUAUGAUUAUGUUGCACCGCCCAUUCGCAGCUUACGAGGAUAUUUUGAACGGCACGAGCAAUUGCAAGACGAACGACGGUGAUUCAAUCGAAGCCGCAAGCCGUCUGUCUAUCAUCUCUCGUGAGACAUGUACUACCUGCGCUAGUCGGAUCGCGCAGAUUUUCUGGCAGCAUCGUCGACGAUUCGAUACUCGAAAGAUAUUCGUCACCGGCCUGCAGCAUGCUGGAAACGCAGCAAUUGCGCUGGUAGCUGCAAUAACAUCGUCAAGGGACCGAGUCGCCAAUGAGAAGAACAUGAGGUACCUAGAAUGCCUGACCGCCGUGCUGAAAGACAUGUCCGAAACAUAUCAACCAGCGGAGCGGAUGGCUACCACGUUCAACGUAGCCCUUCUAGAGCUCAAAGACCUUCAGCCAGCUCGAAAUUCGCCCAGCUUGGUGCCAGCCAGGCGAGGGAGUUCUGCAGAUUACGAGGACGAAACAGACUGUGUUUCCUCUAAGAGGGGUCCGUCAAACAGACCGCGAGCAAACGCGCAGCCGAGGCAGUCAAUGCCCUCUCCGGCCGAGCAAUUCCGCAGGCCUUUGAAAGACAUAUUGCCAUCACCCCCGCCGACCUCACAGUCGACCUCAGAUAAGAUUAGUGGAUAUGGGGUAACAGACGAAGACUUUGUAGUCACUGCCGGAGACAUGAGCAACAUCGACGACUCCUGGCCUAUUUUCAGUGAGUCGGACCCAUUUGCGAUCGAGGAUGACAUGGCUGGCCACUCGUCAUCGCCUGUAUUCCGUUCAGCGUGGGCCAGUGGUGAAACGCCUUCAUAUUCCCGGUUAGCAAGGGAGAGCAACGUGAGAUUUAUGGACCUCCUUGAAGACUCUGGUGGAUCAGUCCAGGGCAGGGAAAUCAGUGGGGGUGACAACAGCAUGCCACAAAUUUCCGGCAGUGGUGCGGAUGCUGGUAGCUCUGGCAUGACAGGCUUGUCCCAGAGCGGCGUUCGUUAUAGUGAUUUGGGUAGUUCAUCUUUCAGCGACAGGAUUCGGGGAGACCAGCCAGCAGAUCGGAAACCAAGCAGCACAGAUGCGAGGAAUACCGAGAUCCUAACAAGGCCAGACAACAUCUGGACCGAGAUAAUCAGUUGA